AAACGUGACGUACGCGUUUGCGUUAAGUCUCAUUUUGUAUGGGAUUUUGAAUUUUCAAAACGUCCCGCUUAGCGCGCUGUUUCUAAAUCCCAUACAAAAUGAGACUUAACGGAAACGCGUACAUCACGUCACACUAUCGAAUAAAUUUACACUAGGGGUUCGGAUCGAGGUUCACACUUAUUUCUUCUAUACAAAAAUAUGGUUUACGAAUUAUGCCAACCACACAUUUCACAACAUUCACCUCAUUCACACCUACAAUGUUGUACCUACUACUCGCUUCAAUUAUAAUUCUUCUCCCCAUGACCGAAGCCGGCCACAUGGCCCACAACACCUCUGACGUCAUCACCACCUACAUGGGCCACUCGGACGUGCAAGCACCGGUGGAUUUUAGAAAAGGGAAUGAGAAGGGGAGGAAGAGUGGGGGGGAGAGGAAGGGGGAUAAGCUGAGCGAGAGAGAGGAGAGGAAAGAGAAGGGAGAGGCGAAUGAUUCGGAUUAUUUGGAGCAAACGACCGCCCCGACAGAAGCCGGCAACGACGUAGUGUUCAUACCAUCAGGCAAUAGCGAUUCUCAAAGUUUCAGAAGGGCAGAGAGCGCUAGAAGAGACGAAUACUCUGUGAAGGACAUGAUGGAACGAGUUGCGGUUGGAGACGUUAUAAACGAGCGGUAUAAGACGGAAACAGAGCCACCCGAAGGCGGCAUAGUCUUCAAACCCGGAAAAAACGACGAACGAACAGAAGAGAAGAUAAAACAUGAGCUAGAUGACGAGAAAAUAGAACAAGCCGUCAAAGAGUACAAGGAGGUAUACGAGAAUCCUAUGGACUGCGAGAAUUUGGACUGCGAGAAUGUGCUAGAGGCGGUGUGUGGAGUGAAGUUGGAGAAUAAACGGCCGAAAUAUAGGCUUUUUAAGAAUGAGUGCUUUUUUAGAAAGGUUAAUUGUGGACUUCGGUAUGAUUAUAAUAGGUACAGAACAGUGUCCAUCGAACAAUGCGAUGGAGUAGGCAGCCACCUUCCUCCUCAGGAGCAUACUGGUUGGCUGCAGUACCAGCCCAGGCCUUUGCCACAAAUUCAGCUAAGUGGUGGUGGUCAGAGCAGCGGGCGACGAAGCGCGUCGAGACGGAGAAAAACUUGUGAAUGCGAUAGAUUAGGCAACCAUCCCCCUGGAGUGCACUGGCUGGCUGCAGUACCAGCCCAGGCCUUUGUCAAGACGUCAGACAAGUGGUGGCGGUCAGAACAGCGGGGCGACGAACUGCUUCAAGACGCAUUCCUACCCAGUGCCAUGACAGCAAACGCCGAGGGUCUCCCCUGCGACCACUUCUGUCCUGUCCGGUGUCCGGACAUGUACGCGCCUGUAUGCGCGUACUCGUUCCCGAAGAGAGCACGCGUGUUCCAGAACCACUGCUCAUUAGAUCUCCAGUCAUGUAAUGAUGGGUCUGUUUGGCAAGAACGCGCUCUAUCAGAGUGCGCGGGCGACGUGCGCGCUGAAGUGCACGAGCGCGCGGCGUUCAUAGGCUGGAUGCAGCGCAUGGGCAUCCUCGAUAAAAAGGGACAUCUUGUCAUGUGAAAAGAGGACGGACAUCCAUACAAACGUAGUCCCCAUACUCUUCUCUGGAUAUUGACAUUUUUCAUUUUUUGUAUUAUUAUAAAAAUUAGAAGCGAAAAACCGA